GAUGGAGGCUGCAGCUGUCCAGGAGAUGUCGCCAAAGCAUUUGGGGCUGGAGCGGACUUUGUAAUGCUUGGAGGAAUGCUAGCUGGACAUGAUCAGUGCACUGGAGAAAUUAUAGAAAAGAAUGGCAAAAAAGUCAUGCUUUUUUAUGGCAUGAGUUCAGACACAGCAAUGAAGAAACAUGCUGGUGGAGUAGCUGAAUACAGGGCUUCUGAAGGCAGGACUGUAGAGGUGUCAUAUAAAGGAGAUGUGGAGAACACUGUUCGAGACAUCCUAGGAGGCCUGCGGUCUACUUGUACAUAUGUUGGUGCGGCUAAACUCAAAGAGCUAAGCAGGCGGACGACUUUUAUCCGUGUCACCCAGCAGUUCAACCAGAUGUUCUCCUAAAAGAAUAACUGUAUAUCCUAUUGUUGUACUGUUUUAAUCACAGACCUCCGCCUAGUUUUUAAAACUGGAGAAGUGAUUGUUCAGUGAUGGCAUUUCACUACAGAUGUGCAUAUAAUUCUGAUGUACCAACAGAUUACAACACUUAUUAUUAUUACUGGUUUGUUCUGGGGUUCUGGUUUCCAUUUUGAGACGACUUUCCAUUUUCAUAUCACACAAGGAAAAUAAUAGCCAACAGUUUACUGUUUUUUAAUGUUAUUUACUGAAAUAUAUUUAACAUUGAU